ACGCUUAGAGACCGGAGUAGUAGAAAGCAGCCAAUAAUCGUGCGUUCCGGUCUAAUUUGGGUGGGAUCUUAUUUCUCUCAUGGUUCUCCGCUGAAGGCUAGAGUGAGUGGAUGUAGCCGGAUCUUCGGAAGGGGUUUGAAAGCUGAACGAAGGUUCCCACAGUCUGACCUCCCUCCCUCCCCCCCUCGGCAAGAUGACCAAGAUGGGGCUCCUGCGGCUGUCCUAUGAGAAGCAGGACACACUGCUCAAGCUACUCAUCCUUUCCAUGGCGGCUAUACUCUCAUUCGCCACACGGCUCUUCUCCGUGUUGAGGUUCGAGAGCGUCAUCCACGAGUUUGAUCCGUACUUCAACUAUCGCACCACUCGUUUCCUGACUGAGGAGGGCUUCUACAAGUUUCACAACUGGUUUGACGACCGGGCCUGGUACCCACUGGGCAGGAUUAUUGGUGGCACGAUUUACCCAGGCCUGAUGAUCACCUCAGCGGCUCUCUACCACACGCUACACUUCUUCCACAUCACCAUUGACAUCCGCAACGUCUGCGUCUUCCUGGCGCCCCUCUUCUCUUCCUUCACCGGAAUUGUGACCUACCUCCUCACCAAAGAGCUCAAGGAUGCAGGAGCUGGUCUGCUUGCUGCAGCUAUGAUUGCGGUGGUUCCUGGAUACAUAUCGCGAUCUGUUGCCGGUUCCUAUGACAACGAAGGCAUCGCCAUUUUCUGUAUGCUGCUCACCUAUUACAUGUGGAUCAAGGCAGUGAAGACGGGUUCCAUCUGUUGGUCCUCCAUGUGCGCCCUGGCCUACUUCUAUAUGGUGUCCUCGUGGGGAGGGUACGUGUUCCUCAUUAACCUGAUCCCCCUGCACGUGCUGGUGCUCAUGCUGACGGGACGCUUCUCCCACCGCAUCUACGUGGCCUACUGCACCGUGUACUGCCUCGGCACCGUGCUCUCCAUGCAGAUCUCCUUCGUGGGCUUUCAGCCCGUCCAGUCCUCCGAGCACAUGGCGGCCUUUGGGGUGUUCGGCCUGUGCCAGAUCCACGCCUUUGUGGAUUACCUGCGUAGCAAACUCAACACACAGCAGUUUGAGGUCCUCUUCAAGAGCAUCAUCUCCCUGGUGGGCUUCGUCCUGCUCUCUGUGGGAGCAGUGCUCAUGCUGACCGGUAAAAUCUCCCCCUGGACGGGUCGGUUCUACUCCCUGCUGGACCCGUCCUACGCCAAGAACAACAUCCCCAUCAUUGCCUCUGUGUCCGAGCACCAGCCCACCACCUGGUCCUCCUACUACUUCGACCUGCAGCUCCUGGUCUUCAUGUUUCCUGUGGGGCUGUACUACUGCUUCAACAACCUCUCUGACGCACGGAUCUUCAUCAUCAUGUACGGAGUCACCAGCAUGUAUUUCUCGGCUGUCAUGGUGCGUCUCAUGCUGGUCCUGGCCCCGGUCAUGUGCAUCCUGUCAGGCAUCGGGGUGUCCCAGGUGCUCACCACCUACAUGAAGAACCUGGACGUCAGCCGCACCGACAAGAAGACCAAGAAGCAGCAGGACUCCACCUACCCCAUCAAGAACGAGGUGGCCAGUGGUAUGAUUCUGGUCAUGGCCUUCUUCCUCAUCACCUACACCUUCCAUUCCACCUGGGUAACGAGCGAGGCCUACUCCUCCCCCUCCAUCGUGCUCUCCGCCCGCGGGGGUGACGGCAGCCGCAUCAUCUUCGAUGACUUCCGAGAGGCCUACUACUGGCUGAGGCAUAACACCCCGGAGGAUGCCAAAGUGAUGUCUUGGUGGGAUUAUGGGUACCAGAUAACAGCAAUGGCCAACCGGACCAUCCUGGUGGACAACAACACAUGGAACAACACGCAUAUAUCCAGAGUAGGCCAGGCCAUGGCAUCCACUGAAGAAAAGGCCUACGAGAUCAUGCGUGAGCUGGACGUUGGUUACGUGCUGGUAAUCUUCGGGGGAUUGACCGGAUACUCAUCUGACGACAUUAACAAGUUCCUGUGGAUGGUCCGUAUCGGCGGCAGCACGGACACGGGGCGGCACAUCAAGGAGCACGACUACUACACCCCUACCGGAGAGUUCCGCGUGGACCGCGACGGCUCGCCCGUCCUGCUCAACUGCCUCAUGUACAAGAUGUGCUACUACCGCUUCGGCCAGGUCUACACCGAGGCCAAGCACCCCCCUGGGUACGACAGGGUGAGAAAUGCUGAAAUUGGGAAUAAGGACUUUGAGCUGGACGUGCUUGAGGAGGCCUAUACCACAGAGCACUGGUUGGUCAGGAUAUACAAGGUGAAAGACCUGGACAACCGGGGUCUCUCCCGGACCUAAAGUCCCUGCCGUUCCAUCCAUGCCCCCUUGGGCUCACAGCAUUAAAGCCCCCCCCCCCCCCCGUGGUCCUCAGAUUAUGCUGAUGGUGAUUGUUGAAUCAUUUUUUUAUACUUUAGUUUCAGAAUUUGCAGAAAGAGAUUGUUUCGCUUUUUAAAAAAAUAAUAAAAAUAAAAAAAUUGGGGAGAAAAAAAUGGAUUUUCAAGUGAUAUAUCACUAGUUUGUAUAGGAUAUAUUGUAUGGAAGAUUUUUUUCCAAAUGGAUUGUCAGCGAGUGAUUUCUGCAGCCUGUCCAAGAGACCAAACUGUUAUGACAGAGCUUUGAUCUUCUACAAAGCAGUCAAAUAAACCAAUGGGACAAAAUGGGAUGAAA